AUGGGACUCGUGGGUAAUUUGCAAGAGGAGGCUGCCGCGCUGGUGGAGGUACUCGGCGAGCGCCUCUACCAGGCUACCGUGGCGGCCUCCACAAAUGUCCUAAAAUCUAAAGAAGCAUGCUCUUUUGUUGUUCUUACAAGGUCUCUCUUCUCUAAGUCCUGGAUUGCUUGGAUCGGGCAAACAGCGGUCUCUUGGACCAAACCUCUUCGUCUUGUAGAACUCCAAGGCUGGCUGCGGGAAGAAAUGGACAGAGGGGUGCUGGUGCUGGAUCUAGACGACACGCUGAUUUGCAGAAAGAACUCGACUAUCGUCAAGAGGCCCGGCCUAGAAGAGUUCCUCAGCAAGAUGGUGCAGGUAUACAAGCUCAUAAUCUUCAGUGCGUCAGACUCAAAGCAGUGUGUGGCUGGGUUUGGGGCAUUUGCGCAUCUGAUCAGUGAGGUAUACAGCAUCAAGGAUUGCACCAGGUGCCGACAGGGAUUUGUCAAGGAUGUGUCACAGUUUGCUACGUGCAGCAUGAAGAGGCUAGUCUGGGUGGAUGAUGUUCGCCUCAAUUUCAGGCUGUGCCCGCACAAUGGCAUCGAGAUCAGGCCAUUCAAAGGAGAAGCAGAUGAUAGGGAGCUUGAGAAAUUGACACCUCUUUUGCUCAAGCUGUCCAAGGUGGAGGAUGUGACGCAGUUCCUGUGGAAUGGCCAGCCAAAGGUGUUGGAAGCACAAGAGCAGUCUACUAAGAAUCUUGGCAAGGCCAAGCCCAAGAAGAAAGGGAAAUGA